AUGGAGCUCCGACCAAUACAGACAGCCCUCCUCGCAGGCCGAUCUGCCUCGCGACGGGCCACCACGGCCCUAUCACCGCUCUCAUACCCAUCCAUACCCUCCUUCUACCGAUUCUUCUCAUCGACCAGGCCGUCCCUCUCAGAGGCAGAAGCGACAGCACCUGCCCCCCCUCCUUCAAUGCAGGAGUGGCAUCAGCAGCAACAGCAAAACCGACAAUCGGAGCAACCGCAGCCGCGAACAUGGGGGAACCCAUCUAGCACUAACAGCCCAAAUACCAGCUUCGGCAUGAUGUCAUCACUUCUCAAACCCAAGAACUCGACUCCAUUCCCGUCGCCGUCGUCGCCGGCGAGCCCGUCAGUCACCUCCGAUGACAUGCUCCGCACGCCGUGGUCAGCACCCAGCACGACCGGCCUGCGCCGCUCCCAGGCCAACCGGGCCGCCACCGAUGCCAACAAGCCCGGCAUCAUCGACACGCUGUCUGAAAUGCACCUGAUCGGGAGCCCGACCAGCGACGACCUGACCAACUGGCCGGGCUUGUCGCAGGAGUCCGCCUCCGAGAUCAAGUACCGGCUGCGGCCCUCGGUCGGCCGCACCGUCCACCUCGACAGCAGGGUCGACCUCGCCCGCGGGCUGAGCCUGCUCAACACCCGCGUCCGCGUCAACAAGAUCCCCCAGGACGUGGCCAAGCAGCGCUUCCACGAGCGGCCGGGCCUCAAGCGCAAGAGGCUCCGCGGCGAGCGCUGGAGGGCCCGCUUCAAGGACGGCUUCAAGGCCACCUGCAGCCGGGUGCAGGAUCUGGCCCGACAGGGGUGGUAA